AUGUCUGCUACUACCCAAACUGCCGAAUUCAAGGCCAUGACCAAGGAGACCUACUGGCCCGUUCUCAAAUCAUCACUAUUGAACGGUAACAUCUCAUUCGAAGACCUGGAUCUUGACUGCCCUAUUUGCUAUGACAAAAUGGGAGUCCACGAGACCAGAGAUGGAAAUGAGGACCACCGAGCAACAAUCCUCCCUUGCGGUCACAUGAUUGGCAACGUUUGCUUAACACGUGGUGGACUUGAGACCUGCCCUAUCUGCCGUGCCGACAUCACCCACCCUUCAUGUCAGCACCCCUUUGAAGGCAUGAUCAUGCCAGCAAGACUCAGGAUGCUCAACACUGUACCCGAAGAGCUGAGCAAAGGCGGCUACAUAACUGACCAAUGCCGUGAGUGCCGGGUGGGGGAAAUGGCGAACAACAUCCUGGAGGAUUUAUCUGAGAUGGACACGGAGUCUCGAGGUCGCAGGAACCUUCCUCCUCGCCAUUUGGGUAUGGUGUUAACACUGGACGGUCAUCGUGUCCUUUUGGGAGGAGAAUGCCCCAAAAACAUGAAACUCGUCUCGAUCGAUACCCCCAGGGGAAUCAAGUACAAAUGGCAUGAUUUCGAAGAGGGAGAGUAUACUUCUGCCAGUGAAGGAUUGGUGUGGUUCGGUAAACCCACCAACGCAAAAAUCAAGUUCCAUACCUUCGAGGAGUCGAACACGGCGGUAAACCCCGACGACAAGUGA